CGAGUGAGCAAAAAUUAAAGAACAACGAACAAAAUCAGAAUUACACAAAUGGGAACUAAUAAGAUUCCCAAAACCCUCAACGGGAACCUUGUUCUUAUACUUAUCAUCACCAUAAUGAUGGUGACUCACUCCCAUGGAUUUCAACUGGAGAUCAGGAACGAGCUAUCAGGAAGGUACAGGAAGCUUGUGUACAAAUGCUGGUCCCGCGAUAACGAUUUCGGGUGGCGACAGAACUGGCCAGGCCAGUACAAGGACUGGUCCUUCGCCAUUUCACUAUUCCACACCUACUUCUACUGCCACUUCCGUACAGCGUAUGGACGCGUGGAUAAGCAGCUAGUAGCGUCAUGGGAGUUAAAACAAGAGUGUGGGGACAGGAGAAAAUGCACUUGGGUCGUUAAGAAGGACGGACUCUACUUGAGACAAUGGAAGACCAAAUUUUUUAGUAACAAGUAUGGUAACGAAAGGUGGAAUGUGUAUAUUGAACAUGAUGUCCUCAAGAAAAGUUGGAGCUAAUUAACAAUUUCACGGUGUUGAUUGUCAUGAAGAUCGCGAGGACCGGAUAUCGUGAUUUUCGUCUCUGUAUGUGUUAUUCAUGGUAAUAAAAUCAUACAAUGUGUAACUAUAUAUCUAUGGUGAAAAUGAGAAAGAACGUAUCUAUAUAUAUAAUAUGUUGUUAUAUAUUAGAUCUAUAGCAGGGUACAUAUUAGUUAUUUAUGGUAUAUUAAAUAAAUAACAUAAUUGUCAAUUAAAUAGUAGAUUGAUGGAACAUGAGAAACCUAAUCUAGAAUUAGUAACU